AUGUCUCAGAGUUCUCCCUCAAAGAAAUCUUCUCCUUCCUCUGAAACAGCAUCAGGUUCUAGGGCACCCAAUGUGGUGAGUGAUCAAGAUGUUGUGUUGAAUGUUGUGCCAUUGAACUCUGUUCCUGCUACCGAUCCUGUUCGUAUUGUCACAAGAAUCUUGAAUGAAGGGCACCAGGUUGAUGGAAUAUCUGUUCCUCUAGCCCAAAUUCCUGCCUCUGAGAACAGCAAAGAUGAUCAAGAUGGUCAAGAUGAUGCUAGCAAAGAUCAGGGUGAUGUUGAGACAUCUGUUGACAACAAUGAUGAGAAGACCCCUGGUGCCAAAGAUAUUGAGACAUCUGAAGCUAUCAAUGUUGAAACAUCUGGUAAUAAAGAUGCUGAGAUUCUUGAACCUGAGAAAGCUGAAGAGGUUCCUGUUGCUCCUUCUAAAGAAACCCUUAAUGAAGGCCCUACUGUGCAUGAUGUGGUGAAUCUGGAUGAUCUGGAUGAUUCUAUUGACAUUGCUGAUGAUGAGCUCAUCUCUAGCAUCUCUCAUAGAGUCAAGACUCGUAAGGGCAAACAGGUUUGUGAUCAAGAUUUUUCCAAACCUCAAGUUACCCCUCAAGUUACUCCUCAAAAGAAGGUCACUAUAAAGAAGAUCAAGAAGGUCCCUGCUGAACCUUCAACCACUGGGAGCAAGACUGCAGUGAAGAAGAGGAAGGAAAGAAGUGUUUCUGUCCCUGAAGACGAUGUCUUAAGUGAUGUCCCUGACAUCCCAUCAAAGAAGAAGAUUGCUGUCACAAAAUCCUCCACAAAGGUUCGUGAUGUUCCUUUGGACAACAUUUAUUUGCACUAUGCUUCAAAUGCUAUCCAGUGGAAGUUUGUUUAUCAAAGAAGGCUGGCUCUAGAAAGAGAAUUAGCUAAUGAUGCUCUGGAAUGUCAAGAGGUCAUGAAGCUCAUCAAGUCUGCAGGUUUGAUUAAAACUGUUACUCAUUUUUCAAAGUGUUAUGAAAUGCUUGUGAAGGAAUUUAUUGUGAAUUUGUCUCAAGAUUGUGGUGAUGGAAGAACUGAUGAUUUUCAUAAGUUCUACCAAGACAAAAUUUGA